AUGAAAGGACUCAUAAUAAUACAGAAUAAUGAUGCAACAGAAUUAUGUAUAACAAAAGGUCAAAAAGGUCAUGUUGUUGGAUGGGAUGCAAAGUUGGGCCCAAGUGGACAACAAAUCCUUGAAACUUUGUUUGUAAAGCUUGAUCGUCCUGCCAAGACAAUCAAGAUUGAGGGAUUGCCUGAAAAUGUAGUUCCAUUAGUAAAGAACAGCAUGUCUAUUGAAUGUAUCUGUCCAAGUGAUGUUACUCUCACUAUAUCCUGUUCUCAGGUAUCUGUGCUACCUAACUUUGCAAUGACAGACUAUGCAUCACAAGGAAAGACUCGUCCAUUCAAUGUGGUGGAUUUAAAUAGCUGUCGUAACCACCUAUCUUACUAUACUGCUCUUUCUAGAAGUGCAACAUGUGAAGGAACUGUAAUUUUUAGAGAACUUGAGCUUCUUGAUGACAUUACCAACCUUAGAUACAAUGGCCAAUUACCUGCAUCAAUCAAUGGGCAACUGUGUAAUGCUCUUUUACAUCAGUAUCAACAGCUCAAAGGGAAGGGGUAUUGUCCACAAAACGUGAUGGGGCCAAUUAGAUGGAGUGAAGUGUAUCCAAUGCAAACUUUUCAGGUGAUCACUGAUAGUUUAUGGACACUCACCACAAAAUCAACCACUCACAAUGCAACUGAAGAGGUUGAGAUCCAAUCACAAAAGAAAAGUAAAAAUGUCUCAGGUUAUUUUGUUCCUACACAGGGAUCAAAGGCAAUUGCAUCUACACUCAAAAGAAAGGCAGAAGAGGAUCUAAAUAUUGAUGAACCAAAGUCAAAGAAAAUUAGAGCCAGCUUUGGACCUACACCUGACAUUCCAGUUGGGAUUCUUUGGGAUUCGGUAAAUUACAGUUGCUCAUAUGAUUCCCAUUUACUUGUGUAA